AGACAAAUGUAUGACUUGUGGUUCUGUCCAUGGGUCUGUUGACUCCUCAUUGUUUAGUCAAAUUUUCCAUGUUUCCUGAAAUAGCGCUUUGGGUGCCUUUCUGAUCCUGAAUAAUUUAUUUCCGCUGUGACAUUUGCUCACACGGUCUCCGGGUAAAGACGGGCAGGAGCGUGGCUCCCCCAUCAGAGCUCCGUAAAGGUCAAGUGUUAUUGAUCUCACCAUUUCAAACACGCUCUAUAUUGUCAGAAUCAAACCUCCAAAGUUUGGAUCGGGUCGAACAUGACGGGGGUUAUGUUCAGACUCAUUAUCUGCUUCUUAGGCGUAUGUUGAGCAGUGAUACUGGUGAUCAGACUCUGGUGCGUAAAAGACGCGCUCCGGGGCGGGGAGUGCUUUGGAGACGCAUCAGUAAAAGAGCACAUCUGCACGACGUGCUGCACCUACAGGUUGCCGCGAUUGUUUCCUUCAUAUCUUCUGAUAUUUUCCCAAUCCACUGUAAGAUCCUGCCACUGGAACUGCUUAAAGAUCUUUUUUUAACACUUUGGACUUUUUCCACGAAACUGGGCUGCGUUAAACACAAUGAAAGUCAACGGUGGCGGACUUUUUCGUCUGCCACAGGUCCCUCACAGCUGCCGCUGCGUCGCAGAGAGAACGGCAGCAUAAUGGCAUGUAGGAGCGGCUGCUGCUGCGGCUCCUCCGGUCCCAUCAACGAGGACAACGCACGGUUCCUGCUGCUGGCGCUCUUCAUUGUCCUCUACCUGCUCUGCGGGGCCGCCGUUUUCUCGGCGCUAGAGCAGCCCAAGGAGCGGGAGGCGAAGGAGCGAUGGGCGCAGAGGUUCGAGCACUUCUCCCAGAAGUACAACCUGAGCAAGAAGGACCUGAGGAACUUCCUGAAGAAUUACGAGGAGGCGAACGUAGCGGGGAUCCGCGUUGACACGAUCAGACCCCGGUGGGACUUUACAGGAGCUUUUUACUUCGUGGGGACUGUGGUGUCAACAAUCGGGUUUGGGAUGACCACUCCUGCCACCAUUGGAGGAAAAAUAUUCCUGAUGUUUUACGGAUUACUGGGUUGUGCCGCCACCAUCCUCUUCUUCAACCUCUUUUUGGAGCGUGUCAUCACUGUUAUUGCCUUUGUCCUCAAGUCCUUUCAUGAACGACGACGCAAGAAGGUGGUGCUGCCGCAGAACGGACGCCGAGUGUCUGAGGGAGCCGAGGCCGGCUGCAUAGGAAAACGAGAGGAGCUUGCCGGCUGGAAACCCUCGGUUUAUUGCGUCAUGUUUAUCCUUGGAGCAGCAGCAAUCUUGGUGUCCUGUUGCGCCUCGCUGAUGUACUCUGCAGCUGAAGGCUGGGGCUACCUGGACUCACUCUACUUCUGCUUUGUGGCCUUCAGCACCAUUGGGUUUGGGGACAUGGUCAGCAGUCAGAGAAUCUCCUACGAGGGUCACGCUACAGCUGCGUACCGGGUUGGAAACUUCUUCUUUAUCCUCACCGGCGUGUGCUGCAUCUACUCCCUCUUCAACGUCAUCUCCAUUGUAAUUAAGCAGGUCCUCAACUGGCUGCUCAGGAGGUUGGAAGCCCCCUGCCGCUGCUGCUUUCCCAGGAGGGGUCCUCACCCACACCGGCAUCCUCGUCGUAACGUGGUUGCCCCAGGCCAUCUCCGUGCCCGCAGGGACCCUUCCAUUGAAACAGAUGCCAUCAACGAGAGUGAGACUGACCCAGGCCGCAGAAUGUCUGGGGAAAUGAUCUCCAUGAGAGACUUCUUAGCAGCCAACAAGGUGAACUUGGCCAUCAUGCAGAAGCAGCUCUCAGAGAUGGCCGUCGGACACCCACGGCAGUCAGGCUCCUGCUCGCAUCAGAACGGUUUCUCGGGAGGGGUGGGUGCCCUGGGCAUCAUGAACAACCGGCUGGCAGAGACCAGCAUGGACAGAUAGGGGGCAGAUUUUAAAAGAUGCAGAAGACAGAUGAGGAAGAGUUUGAGGCGAGUGUGGGCUAACUGAUACUGAGACUGACCCCCAACCCCAGCCGCUAUGAAUCCAUCUCAGUCUGCUUUCCUUUCAGGAAGAUGACUCUAUGACUGUUUGCUGAAAUCUUUCAUCCGGGACCAGAGUGCUGGAAUGUUCCCUGGUGAUGAACCCAGUUUCCAUGGUGAUAAAUAAAAGGCCUGCCUAGAGCCUCGUUUCCGAGCUUCUUCUCACCUAAAUGCAACUUCUUCUCAUCUGCAAUCCUCAACAGUAUUGUUGCUCUAUGACUCGAUCCAAGUCCGUAUCACAGCUGUGACUGUACAGUGUAGAAAUCAGAGAUAAAAGCUUAAAUAAAGCUAACGUCUCCUGGG